AUGCGAAUAUUGUUAAGUAUAUUAUUUGUAGUUCUGGGAUCACAUGGGGUAUUGGGAGAAAAGCUUUACACCUGUACCUGUAUCCCUGGAUUCUUGAAGGCCAAACUAGGCGGGUCUGUUCCAAACGCCUUCAUGAAGCAUGGAAUUACUCCGAGAUUCUUGCCGGUCCCGCCUAAGGAUAAGCUUAACUGUGCUUUUAUGAAAGCAAAUGUGGAGUUAGGAAAUUUCAUUGAUCCACUCAGAACUGUAGACAUGAAGUAUAUUGCGUAUCCACAUGGAAAGAGUGAUGUUAAAUACACGUUAUUUCUCGUUGAUUUUGAUGGUAAACAAGGCCCUCCUCCGAACGCACACCUUAUAGGCAUAUACGUAAAUGUACCAAACAGCGAGAACUUAUUGGUUGGGGGUGACAUAGCUGUACCUUAUAUUCAACCUGUGGCAACUUUAGAAAGUGGUAUUCACAGAGUAGCAGUACUCUUGUAUGAGCAGAACGACCACAUUGACCCUGAUGAUAUGGAAUUGAUGAAAUUGAUAAAAACUCGUGUUAUACAACUGGAACCGAUGGUCAAGAAGUAUAAUCUCAAACCCGAGCCCAUAGCGGGGGCUUUCUACACGAGUGAACUAAAUCUAUGUAUCAAUAAGCCACUUUAA